ACCGCCAAGUUACGUUUAGGCGAGUCUCUCAUUGCUAUGCCAUGCAAAACAAAUUUGCGCUCAAUUAAUCCAGUAAAAAAGUGGGUCCCUGCGAUGAAAGGCGUUUAUUCAAUCGGAAAUAUAGUCUGAGAACGCAACUUCUCAUGUCUCUCCUGAAGGGAAUUCCUUGUUGAUUUUCACCGCGUUACAUCCAGAUUGAGCGGCUCCUGCUAGACUCGGCUAAAGCCAGAAGCCUCAUGUUUUCGCCAAGCCAAGAGGAACACUACGCCCCGUCCAAAGACCCAGUGAAAUACGGGGAAUUGGUGGUAUUGGGGUAUAAUGGCUGUCUACCCAAUGGAGAUCGGGGUAGGAGGAAAAGCAGAUUUGCCCUAUACAGAAGGACCAAAGCCAAUGGUGUCAAGCCAAGCACUGUGCACAUCCUCAACACCCCACAGGCUAGCAAGGCUGUGAACUGCAAAGGCCAGCACAGUAUCUCCUACACGUUGUCAAGGAACCAGACGGUGGUAGUGGAGUACAGCCAUGACAAAGAUACAGACAUGUUUCAGAUUGGCCGGUCCACUGAGAGCCCGAUAGACUUUGUAGUGACUGAUACGGUGUCAGGGGGCCAGGAGGGAGAGGAGACCCCCAUCACCCAGAGCACCAUCUCCCGUUUUGCUUGCCGAGUGGUCUGUGAGCGAAAUCCACCAUUCACUGCCCGCAUCUAUGCAGCUGGCUUCGACUCCUCCAAAAACAUCUUCCUCGGGGAAAAAGCCGCCAAGUGGAAGAACCCGGAUGGUCACAUGGACGGGCUGACGACCAAUGGUGUACUGGUAAUGCACCCCAGGGGUGGGUUCACGGAGGAGUCCAAGCCCGGCAUUUGGAGGGAGAUAUCCGUGUGUGGGGAUGUUUACACACUGAGAGAAACCCGCUCAGCGCAGACUCGAGGCAAACUGGUGGAGAAUGAGAGCAACGUGCUGCUGGAUGGGUCCUUGGUAGAUCUGUGUGGAGCCACCCUGUUGUGGCGUACUGCUGAUGGCCUCUUCCACACCCCCACCCAGAAGCACCUCGAGGCUCUGCGGCAGGAGAUCAACGCAGCCCGACCCCAGUGCCCUGUUGGCCUCAACACUUUGGCCUUCCCCAGCAUGCAGCGCAGCCGUGCCCUCUCUUCUCUGGAGGACAAGCAGCCCUGGGUUUACCUCGCCUGUGGACAUGUGCAUGGUUAUCACAACUGGGGUCAUCGGUCAGAGCAAGAGCCUAAUGCCCAGCGAGAAUGCCCUAUGUGCCGGGCUGUGGGUCCCUAUGUACCACUGUGGCUGGGUUGUGAACCUGCCUUCUAUGUGGACACAGGAGCCCCGACACAUGCCUUUGUGCCGUGUGGGCAUGUAUGCUCUGAGAAGUCAGCUAAGUACUGGGCAGAAAUCCCUCUGCCCCAUGGCACCCAUGCCUUCCAUGCUGCAUGCCCAUUCUGUGCCACCCAGCUCAGCCUCACCCAGGGCUGUUCCAAGCUCAUCUUCCAGGGCCCAGUUGACUGAGCGAUAGGAUUCUCCUCUUCUGGUAAACAGAUUAGGCAAGAAUGCCAACAUGCUGUGAAACUGUUCAAAUUAUUUAGUGGUUUCUUUUGUUUUUGUAACCCAACUGUGGAAAGGAGUAAGACUCCACAAGGCUGGUCAUAUACUGUGGAUUCCUCACAAGGCAAGUGUGCUCCAAGUUUCUGUGGAAAAGAGCCUUGAAACAGAGGUCUGUUGCACAGUGCUUGACUGGGCCUCCUCUGGCUCUUUGGAUGCUAACCAGAGAGGAGGGGUACACCACACCGCGCAUACCUGACUCCUCCAAAAUGAACCGUUGUUCCAACUGUCCUGCCAACCAGCCGCUUUCAGCAAGGCUCCAGAGCUGGGCUGUUUUAGCUACAGUGGCUCAUCACAUCAUAUAUCAAAGAGCUGAAUGAUAGAGACUUAUAGCUUGAGUGACUUAUUUUCACUUUGUCAUAAGUUGUCAGUCCGAAGCAGGUGCCAGCAAACAGGUGUAGUUUGGGUCUGUUGGGGAAAGGGGGUGGGGUGGUGGUGGGUGUCCUGGUGGGAGACACAUGGUUUUUAUAGAGCCAGACAGCUGGACUGUUGGCUUGGAGGAGGGCCAGGAGAGACAUGGAGGUUCAUGGAUAACUAGAUAUAAAUGCUCCCUAUCAGCCUGUACAGCCUUGAGCCCUAAUGGCAUUUUGAUCAUGUAGCCUAUCCCGAGGUGGCUGCUUAUCCACUUGAUGAACUGAUCUUUGGUGGAAAAGAGCUUUCUGUUUAUGUGCAGAGAUGUAUUCCAGUGCCUCGAAGUCCAUCGAAAAUUUUGGAAUAUUUUUAUUAAAUGAGGAAAGCUAUUUUGUUGAAGGCAAAGGGAGAGAUAGUUUUGCCUAGAUUUGUCAACCCACAUGGAUUCUUCUCUACAUUUUUAUCAUUCAGAAGAGGUAUUUUACUACACUGAUGCCCUUGUACUGUUUUGUAAUGAAAAUGUUAAUAUAUUUUUCUCGCAUAAGUAUUGUGUGUAUGUGUGUGUGUGUGUGUGUGUGUGAGAGAGGGAUUGUGUGGGUGUCCUUUGACCUCAUUUUGUUUUGGCUCACCCUGUGUCAUUUCUCCUCAGUUCCCUGUGUAUGACUUCGCCACCGCCCAAAUGGCUUCAUGAGAAGGCAAGAAUCAAACCAAGCCUGUGAGGGUUGGCAAUGAAUGUAUUCAAAUACAUUAACUCUUCCCACCGUUGGUGCUUUAGCCUAAAUUAUGCCAUUUGUUAUCCAAAUGGCAAAGAAACUUCCUUCUAAAUGUACUGUAUAACAGUAUGGGUUUUGCUUGGUUCAGGUGAGACCUCAUUCUGCAGUGAGGAGAAACACAUGGAAGUUUCCUCCCAUAUGCAUCCAUCCAUACCUUCAAGUUGGCUGUGGUCCUGCGCCACACUCCCACGCACUGUGUUCAGUCCACACUGUUAGCUUUAACCCGUGCUGGGUCUUCCAAUGAUUUGUAUUCCAUCAAACCUGGGCACAGUCUUGGCUUCAACAAGAGAUCAUACCAAAUGACAAGAGGUGUUUUCUCUCCAUGUGCUAAAGUCAACAACCUCUCCCUGCAAUCCAAAGUGUUCCUGCAAACGAUCCUAAAGCAAACUGCUGCUAUGGUGGAAUGUCGACAGCUCUGGAUAACAGCCGAAGCUGUUGGGUUGCACUCACUAAACGUUCCCUGAGCGUAAUGAUAUUAUCACACGAAACAAAAUUUGUUAAAUCCCAUUGUGAGUAGAUGAAUCAGAUUUGCCAAAACCUGAAGUUAUUAAGUGUGGGUAUCUUGAAACUAAAGAAUCGGUGGGGGAAAACCAUCAGUGCACUCUUGUGAUAAUGGCACGCUGGACUGUGCCCGUACAGAGUGUAGAUGAAUCUUACCACUAUAUCAUUGAUUUGAAUAAUGAGAAAACAAAAAGAAUUGAGAUGUUGAUGGCAGUUUUCCUAAUCUAUUGACAUUUCCUCCGAGUUAUAAUCGGUGAAUGAGGUUGACCAGGAGGGCAAUCCAAGCUAUCGCUAGAUAGUAAAUUAUCAAUUACUCUUAACGGCUCAUGAACCCAGACCACAAGACGAUAUGGUCUCACCAGUGGUAGACUGUCAUGGUGCUUUCUUCACUGGCCCGUCCCAUAGAGAAACACGAUUCACAGCAUUAAGCUAUGCUUAAAACACACAAGAGUCCCUGAAUGGCUUGUAUUUUUGUUUUGUUUUUAAAAAAAAAAAUACAGCCGAGCAGGGUUGAAGAUUAAGCCACAUUCUACAGUAGCAUUCCUUCUAACUCAGCUAAACAACACUGUGCCCAUUGCUGUAGACUGUACUGAGUAACAGCUGCAAAGUAGCUGCCACAAACAUUCCUCCUUGGUAAACAUGGGUGGGGCCCUCCGCUCACCCAAGGGCUUGUUCUAUGAAUUUGUCUCAUACAGGAACUCUGUACGCAGGUCAUAGAACGCACUGAUGCUCCCAAUGCCUACUUUACAAAAAAAAUAAACUUAUUAUUAAAAAAAAAACAAGUUAUAGUGAGUUGGUUGUCUUUCUGUAUUCAAACUUGUUCUGACAGUUGUUCAGAAUGUCUCCAGUUUGGUGCAUAAUCAUCAGUCGUGUCAUCACAGGCAUCUUUCAGGUAUUCAUGUCAUCCAAGGACCCUCAGAUGACCGCGACCCAUGACCCUUGGGAUAUGUGAAAAUGAAUGUCAGCAUAAUGACAUUCAUUUUCACAUUUAUGUUUUCGUGUCAUGGGGAAGUUCCUAUGCAGCAGCUUCAUUUGAACUCCAGACAUCUUAACUGCAGGUCCAUUACAAUAGCCAUGUAAUGUUAAUCACUCAAUUGCAUGCAUGUUUCAUCAUUCCCCAGUUUAAGCAUUUCUUUCCUUAGUUUCCAAAUUGGCACCAAAUAUUGAUAGCUUUAUCAAACAGAGUAUUUGUUUGAGAUAAGGGGAUUUUUUUUCUGAAGUCUUUUAUUCAGAUUGCAUGUUCAAUCUUAUCAAACCAAUCUUAAUAGUCACCAUACAUGACACUGCGUCAGCAGCAUCCCCUCGCAGAGUGCUGGGUGUAGUUAUCUUAACCAGCCACGGGAGGGCACUACUUCAUUAACAAUGAAACUAUUGGCAUUGUGCCCAAAGAAGCCCGGCCCGCGACAUCAAACAGUCAAUAAGGGAGCGAAGAAAUCCAAGUUUGAUGUGUUUUUAUUCAAAGGGGACUUAUUACAAAUACAUUAUAAACAAGACACGGGCGCUAAUUGAAUUUACUAAUUGAAUAUGUCCAUGCAGGCCUCGGAACCCUCAAUGUGCAUUAUUAUGAGACACAUACAUAGUUGUCAGGCAUUCUUGCAACAGUCCUUUGCAUUUCAUAUUACUUAACGCUGGCUUUGGAAAAAAUUCAGACGAGUCUAGUCUUGUCAAGUCGUGCUAAUUAAUUAUAGGUAUUCCUAUGUAUGGAAAUGUAGCAAAUACGUACGCGAAGUCAUUAGAAACAAGGCAGUGCAGUUUUUACACUCUUUAUGUUGAAAUAUUGCGCGGCGAUGGUGACAUUUUUCCAUCAUUCUCGUGUGGCCUCAUCUCCGCUAUAAGAAGGCUAUAUGAAAUGGAUUUAAAUACAUAAGACGUCAGUUAGGCAUUUGGAGGGGAAUGGAGCAGUGGGAGGCCUUGCUUCCUAAUUAACAUUUCGGCAGUAGAUGUGAGAUGGGUUCAUGUGUCUGCACACCAGCUUGUUUUCUGAAUGACAGAAAAGACACUGAAGGUGACAGCAUGCUAAUUUUGAGAUCACUGGUUUGCCUCCCUGCCUUAAGAAGGGCAGGGUUAUGCAAAUAAAGUAGAACACCACAAUGACGUUUCUACCAGCUUCACGCUCGCACACACGAACGGCCCCCCCCCCCACACACACACACAGAUACUAGCUAGCACACUACUGCACUGUAGCACUAUUGCACUUUUACUGGUCCUGGCUUUUUACUCUGUUCAUUAUCUUUACUUUAUCUUAAUUGGUGUGUGGAUUAGGUAUGUGUUGUAUGUAUAAUGGCUGCACAUAAUGAUUAACGUACCAUGGCCAUAACUUUGCUAUGAUUGUUGUACUUGUCUUAUUUGUCCACUGCACAAAUGAGGUUCCUCA